CAUAUCAAUAUAAGAUUGUCUUUUGUCUCUCUUCUAAAAGUGAAGAUCAGAAUGUUCCUAAAAAGCCAUUGUCUCCCACUUCUCAUUACAUUAAUCUCUUUGUCCUCCUGUUUUGGCAGUUACAGAGAGGACCCAUUUCACAAUGAUUUUCGUCAAGGCCAUGGUUAUCGCCCAACAACAUAUCAUCCAUAUUUUCGUACUUUUGGCGUUUCCAACCAAGGAAACUACCAUAAUCCCAACUCUGCAAAUCUGUUCAACUAUAAUAAUGAGAUUAGGCCUAGGCUUGCCAGAGCGCGUGCUCCGGUGUCUUCAAAGGUAGUGAAUGUAGAUGAUUUUGGAGCUAAAGCUAAUGGAAGAGACGAUUCCCAGGCAUUUAAGAAAGCUUGGAAGUAUGCUUGUUCUUCUUCUCAAGGAGCUGUUCUGGUGGUUCCUAGGAACAAGAUUUAUCGUCUUAAGCCAAUUGAUUUCUCAGGACCUUGCAAAUCUGCUCUUGUGUUGAAGAUCUAUGGAACAAUCAAAGCCUCCGUUGAUCACUCUGAUUACCAAAAACAUGGGAGACGAUGGCUUUACUUUAAUAAUGUUCAAAAUUUAAGAGUAGAAGGUGGAGGCAUCAUCAAUGGGAAUGGCAGAAAAUGGUGGGAAAAGUCCUGCAAGAUCAACAAAGCCCUCCCUUGCAAGGAUGCACCAACAGCUGUAACCUUCUAUGAAUGCAGUAACCUGAAAGUGGCAGGACUGCGGAUAAAAAAUGCACAGCAAAUGCAUCUUACAUUUCAAAAAUGUGUCAAUGUGAAAGUCUUUAAUCUUUUCGUGACCGCACCUGGAAACAGCCCCAACACCGAUGGAAUCCAUGUCACUGAAACCCAGAAUAUUAGCAUCAAGAACUGUGUCAUCAGGACAGGUGAUGACUGCAUCUCCAUAGUGAGCGGCUCCAAACUUGUCCGCGCCACGGGUAUAACUUGUGGACCGGGCCAUGGAAUCAGCAUUGGCAGCUUAGGAGCUGGAAAUUCUGCAGCUUAUGUGUCCGAUGUAAUAGUGAAUAAAGCAAAACUUUCAGGAACCACCAACGGAGUGAGAAUAAAGACUUGGCAGGGAGGAUCAGGGUAUGCCAAGAACAUCAAAUUCCAAAAUAUUGUGAUGCACAACGUCAGCAAUCCCAUAAUUAUCGAUCAAAACUAUUGUGAUCAACGAAAUCCAUGCUCCAAACAGGUGUCAGCUGUGCAAGUGAGCAACGUGCUUUACCAAAACAUCAGAGGAACCAGUGCCUCUAACGUGGCAGUGAAAUUCGAUUGCAGCAAGAGCUUUCCUUGCCGAGGCAUUUUCUUGCAAAAUGUGGCUUUAGCAGCACAAGAAGAAGAUAUUGCAGAGGCUUCGUGUUCUAACGUUAGAUUAUCUUACCAGGGGAAAGUUUCUCCACCUUGCACAACCUGAAAGGACAAGGGGACAAACCCUUAUUCAUUAAUUAAUCUGUUAAAAGUGGUUGCUUCUGACUUCUGUAAAUUGAAAAAUCAAUUAUUUUUAUGUUGAAAUGCUUAAUUCAGUUAGAUGUCUCUUCUUUAUGCCCUUGAAAAUGACCUUUUUCUGUGCAAGUUCAAUAAAAAUCAAUUAGCAGUUUGUUGUUUCAA